CGGCCGUACGAUUGAUAUAUAAUGCGUUGUAAAAUGGAAUUCUAAUGAACACAGUAAACUAAAUCAGACACGUGGAAGUCGUUGUAAACCAUAGGUUAUUCGUGCAAACUUGGUAGAUGUACUGUAGAAAAAAUCAGGACAUUCAUUUAAAAAAUAAAAGAAGUCAUGAUGAAAUAUAUACUUUUUUGUGCUGCAAUUGGACUCAUUUCUGGUGACAGAGGAGGGAAGGUUGCCUUUACAGCCCUUCUGUCCAAACACACAACAGUGGGAGCUUAUGCUGUGGUAAAGUAUGACAGGGUGUUGACGAAUUGGGGUGGAGCCUAUCAACCGACAACUGGUGUUUUUACCGCCCCUUACAACGGUCUCUACAGUAUUUCCUGUACCUUGAUGAGUGAUCCAAUUAAUUAUGCCCACGCCAGUAUUACUAAGAAUGGCAAAAAGAUGUCCGUUGUGUUUUCGAAUACUAAAACUUAUCCACAUGCUAGCCAAACUCUUCAGCUGCUGUUAAACAAGGGGGAUAAAAUCUGGAUCCAGAACAGGAACGGCCGAAAAACUAUAUUUCAUGACCACGGCUAUUCUAAUGUCUUUUCCGGUUUUCUAAUUGACGAACUCUAAAUCAGUUUGAGCAAUGUGAAUCUUUAUUAUAAAGAAACUGCAUCUAU